AUGACACGUAAUACAUUCGCCCACCCCAAUUUUCAAAAACUGCUGAAGUCUAACCAAACCUUCGAUGUCGUCGUUAUUGAGCAAUUCAAUAACGAUGCCUUGAAAGUGCUAGAACAACAAUACAAUGCUCCAUUGAUCUCGUUAUGUACAAAUAAAAUAAUGCACGAAUACUUUCCAGAGGCGCCAGAUUUAAGUGAAAUUGUCUAUAAUUCGUCGAUAUAUUUUCUAAAUUCUCAUGAAAGCAUCAAUCAACCCGUACCCCACGUACCGAGUAUGAUCGACAUCGGAGGUUUUCACGUUAAUCCUCCAAAAGAACUGCCAAAGGAUUUGAAAGAUUUCCUUGACGGUGCCAAAGAAGGAGUAGUUUACUUAAGCAUGGAAUCAAACAUUAAACCGUCGCAGAUAUCUGACAAUCAAAUACAAGCCCUUCUUCGAGAUUUUGGAAAAAUCAAACAAAAGAUCCUGUGGAAAUGGGAUGAAGAGACAAUUGAAGCAAAACCUGACAAUGUUAAAUUGGCAAAGUGGUUUCCUCAAUCAGACAUAUUAGUUAAUAUAUAUUUAAUUUCAUUUUUUGCUGAUCAAAAAAUGAACGCUGCUUGUGCUACGUUGGAUGGCUAUGGUCUUACCAUAAAGUUAUCAGAAUUAGAUGAGGAAAAAUUUGAUACUGCUUUGGACAAACUCCUUAACGAUGUGAGAUAUCGAAAUAAUGCCAAAAAGCGUUCUAAGUUGAUGCACGAUAGACCAGUUAAACCCAUGGAUCUUGCAGUUUAUUGGACAGAAUUAGUGAUAAAACAUAAAAGUGCACCUCAUUUAAGAGUGGCUGGAGUUGAUUUACCUUGGUUGUUAAAAACAAAAUGA